AUGAUGCCGCUGAUCUGGUCAGCCAUCAUACCCGGACUGUUCAAUCCAUCAUCGGUUGCAAACGGGGAGGCGAGCGUGGCGGAUCUCGAGCUGGUGCAGAGAGAGACGCGAGCGCUCGAGGCUGAGAACCACAUGUUAAUGCAGGUCAUCGCUUCGCUGAAUCUCACAGAGCCGGCUGGAAGGGUCGAGGUGGAUGCGCCGACAACUGGCAAGCAGAAGAAGAAGGAGAAGGAUGCCAGCGCAAGGGCAGUUCCUCUGUCGCUGACUAUCAACGAGAAGCUGACACUGGCAAACGGAGUGUCGGACGAGCAGCGCAAGCAGCUCAAUCAGAUCCGGGCGAAGUUUGACAAGCUGGUCGACUCACUGCAGGCUCAGAUAGACACCCAGGAAGAGAUCAUUACCAACACUAUGAUGGAGCAAAUUCAGUUCAGGCAGAACUUUCUCAAGGAUGGUUUGCCUGUGAAUCAGAACAAACUGAUAGCAUACCUUGAGGAUACAUUGAGGAGGAGAGACAACGAGCUAGACAAGUUGGAGACGAAGAAUCGUGGUCUCAGAGCCACUUUGUCCAAGAGCGAGGAGGAUCUCAAACACAAGGAGGAAGCCGGAGAGAGUUUGAAAAAGAUUGAUUUUGAACAGCUCCAGAUCGAGAACAAACAGCUGCUAGAAAACAUUGACCUAAGGAAUGCUGAAGCCCUUUCGCUGAAAGCUACUCUUGGACGAGCGCAAUGGAGGCUGAAUAAGAUCAAGGAAGAGUUGUCGCAAACACAACAGUCAACGGAUUGGCUGGUCAAGACCGAACAGACCAAGAAAGAGCAGAUGGAAAACAUUCGCACUGAGCUUGAACAUGUGCAAUUGAUGCUGGUGAAGGAGCAGAAUGUGCAGAAGACUCUACAGAAGCAGCUGGAGACAUCGAACAAUAUUCCUCCUGUAAUCGAGUACAUCGCACAGGCUUGA